CUACAGCUAGAGGCAAUUACAGGCUUUAUAAAUAAGACCUAUUUACCCUCCACAGGGAUUGUUCUCUAUUGAGAGGAGCAGUUACACUGAAAACGCCUAAAAGUAUAUUUGAGUCUUCGCUCAGAAUUUGUUGCUCACAGCGAAAAUGAUUAUUACCAAUAUAGAAGCUCCGCGAGCUGAGAAAGUCAAGACAUUGAUACCGACUACUAGAACUUUAAAAAUACUUGCAGCGAUUUCAGUCUUAAUGUUCAUUGUUGUGAUCGCGGUGCUGAUUGCCGUUGUAUUGAUCCUUUACUUCCAAGUCAAGUGUGUGGAUAAUGUUGCUUGCAAAACGUCCGAUUAUGCAGCCUGUGGUUGUGGACUUCAAAAAACAGUAAUGACCAGGAUUAUAAAUGGAAAAGGUACAGUGGAUGGUCAGUGGCCAUUUCAAGUGAGUUUGCAGCUGGGUAGAAAUCAUGUCUGUGGCGCAACCCUUGUGGCCUGUAGAUGGAUUCUGACUGCUGCACAUUGCGUCGAGAGCAGGAAUAAUCCAGAAAUAUGGAAUGCUGUUUUUGGCCUGCGUUUCCUAAAUCAGUUAAACAAACAUGAAGUCCAGCAUCGAACAAUUAAGAAAAUAAUUAUUCAUCCUCAGAAAACACUGUCUUCCUUUAAUUAUGAUAUUGCUCUGUUGGAGUUGGAACGACCAGUUGAAUAUACAGAUUUUGUUCAGCCAGUUUGUCUACCCACAGCCACAAUAUCAUUCAAUUCUGGCCAAAGAUGUAUAAUUAUCGGAUGGGGGACAACAGAGGAAAAUGGAAUAUCAUCUAGUAAUGAACUUUUGCAGACUGAAGUGAUGGUUUUCAACAACAGCCAGUGCCAAACACUCAUACCACAAAUAACUCCACAGAUGAUUUGUGCAGGGUAUCUAGACGGUGGUGGUGAUGCAUGCCAGGGAGAUUCUGGAGGACCAUUAUUGUGCCAAGAUGAAAAUUCUCAGGCAUGGUUGGUAGCAGGAAUUGUUUCCUUUGGAGUAGGUUGUGGAAGACCUAAUCAGCCUGGGGUCUAUGCAAGGACAACAGCCUUUCAAAAAUGGAUUAGAGAAAUAAUAAAUGGAUGAAGUGAUGCAACCAGGUUGAGUUAUGGUGAUGAUAGAGAUUUCAUUUAUUACUCCAGCUAAUGUGCACAAGGUCACUUCAAUUGAUAAUAGCAGUAACUGGUAUACUAACAAACUGUUUUAAUAGUUCUACCCUGAAUUUAUUGAAGUGUGACCAGACAUUAAAUACUUUGAAAAUGUUUUUGUACUUCCUGACACUAGAUUACAAUUUCUUAUUUGAGACUACUUUUGUCUACUUUUUUAUUACAUUCCAGCACCAGUAACUACAACAUUGAAUUCAAUUUUGCCAUGUGCACCUCAAGCAAAGUUGGUGCCCCUUACUUUGUUCUUGCAUUUGCAAUGUAUUCUUUAGACAAGUGUUUAGUUUGUCUGUUAAAUAUACCUCUACUAGAACUCCUGAAGUUCUGGGGUUUUUGAAAAGAAAUGGGCAAAUUGAGCCUGAAUAGUUUGUACUAAUUGGCUCCGUGGUGCCAAAUGAAUCGCCUAUCAAGAAUGGUGGAAUUUUAUAUUUUGUUACUGAAUAUUUCAGUAGAAAGACAAAAGUUGCAUACUGUACUUAUUGUAAUGGAAAUGUUACUUUUCAAUAAAAUGUUUUUUAAAAUUCA